AUGAAUUUCGAGACCGACGCCUUAUCUGAUACUAUGAUGGAAUCUGAGCGUGCUCAGCGUAGACUUCGCCGUAAUGAGGUUACUGAGCGUAUGAUCGCUCAGAGUCAUGAUUUUGUUUCGAUUGGUGAUGAAACUGAUGUUGCUGGUGUUGGUGAUGACCAGCUAGGUGUAGCUACUGUGGUGAAUUCUGGUUUGACUGAAGCUGGUGAACGUGUUAGUGCUUCUAACCAGGAUUAUGUUUCUCAUGCUCAUAAUCUUCCUGAUCCUCCCCACACCACUGACGAUCCUUCAAGGGGUGACUCAUCUGGCCGAGGUAGACCGGUUGGGACGCUUGCGACCACUGUACAAGGCCUAUCUCCGAUCACUAUCAAGAAUGGGUCAUAUGGGUCCUCUGCUGAUGCGUUGGCUCGCAAGGAAGCAAGAGCAGAGCUAGCUGUUGCUCGUUUCCCGGUGUUUGUGGGAAACCAUCGAUAUAAGGGCUCAACAGUGUCAACUGAUGAGGUUUGGGAUAAACUGAUUACCCAAUCUUGUUCUCCGUAUGAUGAUUUGGCUCUUAUGUAUAAAUUACAAGGUACAAGUUUGAUGUUGGCCCGUUCAUAUUUGGUAUCUCGCGCUAAAUUGGUACAACAGCGCUCACAGUCUGCUGGAGUGGCUUUAGAAGCUACUCGCAUUCCCUUUGACUCUUUGGCGAGUGCUGCGGAAGAUGUCUCGAAGUCUGGUGGUCAUGGUGACUCGGUUAAGAGUGUUACUGGGAAGGUGAAUUCUCGUUCUGUGAAUCUUAAGCGCUUACCCACCAAUGCCUGUAGACGAUGUUUCCGGGAAGGUCAUCUUGCUGAUGCUUGUGAUAGUGAGAUGCCUACAGAUAUAUCUCUCCGAUGUCUUGGUUGUGGUUUUUAUGGUCAUAAAUUGUCUGAUUGUCGUAUGGCUAAGUCGAGGAAGUUAUCGUGUAAGCGUUGCUCUGGUACUGGACAUAUGUCUUAUAUCUGCAGACAAGACCGAGUUGUUGAGUCCCAGGAAAGAAGAUCUGCUGAUCUCACUAAGAGUGAGGAGAAGGCUGUCCCCGCCGAUGGAGAUCAAGGUGGUAGUUCAAAGAAGAAGUCAGCCCUUCUCUCUGUAGUGGAACCUACUGCUCCUGCUGCAAGUUGGUUUUCGUUUUUGAAUUGUACUACUGGUAUUGAGGGAUUGGAUGACGGUCCUCAUGAUCCGUUGAAAGCUAACGUCUCACUGCGGUCAUAUGAUGUUAAUGUGGGUGAUUUAGAAGUGUCAGUUAUGCUCGAUACUGGAGCUGGUAGAUCGUUUAUCCACAAGUCUGUUCGUGAUUCACUGAAUUCUGUUUAUAUCCGUGAGACUCGUGCUAUAUCUGCAUCAGCUACUUUGGCUGAUUCAACUGUCAUGCGGUUCACUGAGGCUAUUCGUGUGACAAUUGUGACUCCACAGCCAUCUGGGGCUGAAGCUGGUGUUUGGCUUUUGGUAUCUCCUGUGCUCAGCUGCAAUAUGAUUUUGGGCAUGAAUGCUUUGCGAAGUUUGUCGCUUCUGGUAUUCGUGAGCAGCGAUGCAACACUACUGAGAGCCUCUCUGACUGAAGUUGAUGUCCGCCGUGCUAUUUCAGACAGUGCUACUCGUAUAAUGACUUGUCAGGAUAAUCCUCCAGUUGAAGAGCAGCCUGUUGACUCGUCAUCUUCUGGUUGUGCGAGUCCAUUGCCUGACGACUCCUCACCUUCGUGUUGUGAUUUUACGUCGCCGGACGACUGCGGAAUGCCCGAGUUGCUUUAUGACACACAGUUGUGCCGUAUAGUUGAUGGGCAUGAUGAUGUAGAGGGGUUUAAUAAGUUUGUAUCUGCGACGAUGUUGAAUUGGGGGAGCAAGAAUACACAAGAUGAUCUUGAGCAGUCACCUGAGUGCAAUCUUGCUACCUCUUCUCCUUCGCCUUCAGAUGACCAGUCUCCUUGCACUCUGCCUCCGGUAUUCGGUGAUGUUGGUUAUGGGCAAUCUACUGUAUUUGUUGGUCUUACACCAGAUCGUCAUGUUUGCUCUGAUGGCAGUACUAGAAUGGCACUGCGUUAUACUUAUGAUAUUCCAUGGUUAUCUAAUAAGAGAUUGCCACGUCCCUUGAAAGAAGACUGGGCUCGUCUUUUCAAGAAGGAUGCUAUGUUGGUACAGAAGCUCAAGAAGGAAGGACAUUUUGAUGCUUAUGAUAAUGUCUUCCGUAAAUAUGAAGACCAAGGAGCUAUGGUGGAGAUUCCUAUCAAAUCUGAUGAUUUUGCUCAGAUUGAUGCUGUUAUACCACAUUUUCCGGUUUAUGCUCCGAGUGCGGUGUCUACGAAGGUUCGUCCCGUCAUCAAUGGUAUUUAUUAUAGGGGUAUCAUCGGCAAUGGUCGAGGAGAUGAAGAUCCGAAGGCUAAUACUCUCCGUAGUACUAUACCCUCUCUCACCGUGUUCCGUUGUUAUGAGCACGUGUAUUUGAGUGAUUUGAAGAUGGCCUUUUAUCAGCUCGCUAAUGCUCCAGCUGCUAAGUAUGUUUUUUGCAUUGUUUGGAACUCUCGUGUGUUUCGUCUGAGAGGUCCCGGUAUGGGGGCCCCUCAUGCACCAUCUUGUUUGCAAGAUGCGGUGUGUCGUCUAGGCAAACUUUCGGUUGCUAAAUUGCCUAUUCCCAUUUCUAAGAAGCUCGAGUCGGAGAAGUUUGGUCGAAAAUGUAUCUGUUGGAAACCGUAUAUGGAUGAUGUUGUUCUUGGUGCUACUUCACGUUCACUACUUGAUGUAGCUCAUACGGCUUUCACUUCUGCGUGUGAUCGACGAGGUUUUCCCUUCCAGCCUGCUAAGGAAAGAGAUCGGCCUCCAGCUGAGGGAUGUCCUGGGUCCACAACGAGCUUCUCAACAACUUCCUAG